AAGAAAGUUGAAGGGCAAUUUAGUAAUAGCAGCAACACGAGUUCCACCCCAACAAGUAACAGGCAUUGUUAUAAUCCCCAUCGAGCUAUCAGGCUCCUCUUCCCAUACAAGAAUCUCUUUCUCUCUCCUCUGCAUAGUUUUCUUCACUCCAAAUCAUCACGCACUCUCUCUCUCUCUCUCUCUCCCCUUUCUCGUCUGCUCGCUCUUCUGCUGACUGAUGAUGGGUCUGAGCCCUCCUCACUCCUGCAUUUCCCUCGUCAACAUUAUGCUCAGCACCACUUUCUUCCGUCACAAGCCUUAAUACACCUCUUUCUCUCUCUCUCUCUCUCUUUCACUGCCACUCAACUUGUUGCAACUCAGAUUUCCCCUACAAAAAUCCAGUCUUUUUUCUGCAGAUCAAAUCUAUGGAGGGUGGAGGGGUUUACGACGAUUCCCGCAUGCCUAAUCUUUUGCUCAAGAGUGAGAGUUCCGAGGUUCUUGAUUCUCUCUGGGUUCCCAAUUCUUCCCCUUCUUUUCAAGGCUCUGCAUCGAUGGUGAGCUUCGAAGGAGAAAACAUAAACGUAAAAGCGGAAAACUGCAACGACGAAUUUGACCCUUGCUUCCAGCAGCCGGAGAAGAAACGGCGGCUCUCUCACGAUCAAGUUCAGUUUCUGGAAAAAAGCUUCGAGGUGGAAAAUAAGCUGGAACCUGAGAGAAAAAUCCAGCUCGCUAAAGAAGUGGGUUUGCAGCCAAGGCAAGUGGCAAUCUGGUUCCAAAAUCGAAGAGCCCGCUACAAAACCAAGGUGCUCGAGAAAGAAUACGCCGCCUUGAAGGCCAGCUACGACAAGCUCACUUCCGACUACGACGCCCUUUUCAAAGAGAACGACAACAUGAGAAACCAGGUGAAUCUUCUGACGGAGAAGUUGCUGAUGAAGAGCCCAUCGGCGAAGAAAGAAGAGGCGGCGAGCUCGGCUGUGUUCGAUUCGGAGAGCCAGUCGGCGACAUUGGAGCCGGCUGAUUCUUCUCACGUGGAAGCUUCGGAUUUCUCGCAAGAUGAAGACGACACCCUCAGCAGAAGCCUUAUGCCGCCCUCUUGUUUUCCCAAACUCGAAAUCGAGUGCUACGAUGAUCUCCAGCCCAACUCCUGCAAUCUCGGAUUCCCUGUUCAAGAUCAAGUUCAAGGCACAUGGUUCUGGCAAUAUUGACCAUUUCAACAUUAUUCUUGCUUUCCAUUUUUAUGCUCUUCUUCUUCUUCCAUGUAAAUAAUGAAUUUUUGCAUUUGCUCUUCAUCUUUCUAUCAUACAUAAAUUUACUUUUA